CCUCUGUUUAUUCUUUGUACCAAUUAGCUGCUGCUAGCGCAAAGCGGUUCACAUUAAACCGAAACAGCAGCGGUUUCGGUGUCCGUUUUUCCAGCUUCGUCAUGGCCUUUUUCGGUUAACCCGGGCGGCUUAAAUCGCAGCUUUGGCGCCGGAUAUGAGGACACUGUUACUCGGUUAAAAGUUCAACGCUGCACGGUUACUGUUGGUUCAUAACGAUGUUGAACGGCGUUUCUCUGCGGGCUCAGAUUACCUCCAUAAUCGAUGUCCUGUCCAAAGCAGCCGUGGCAGAAAUCGCCAAAGUUGUGGAGGACGGCAUGGUGGUGCUGCGGCUGGAGAUGUGUCAGCGUGAAAAUGAGAUCAAGAAGCUGAAGAGUAACAUCGAGCUUCUGCACAACGAGCUGCGAGAAGCCCGGGAGAGAGUGACCCUGCGACCCGACCACCGGGGGAGAGAUGAUACUCAGAGCGACGUUGUGGAAAAUGUGCCCGUUGAAACAGAACAAAGCCGCCUGUCCUUACCUGAGGUGCAGGUGAAACGUGAACCUGUGGAAGAAGGGAGCGAAGAGGCCGGCGGACAGUCUGACCAGCGGGCCUUGUAUGAAGGGGAGCGUGCCCGAUGGAGACCGGAAACACAAACUCAAGCCGGACGCAACAACUCAGAUUAUUUAAACGCGGGACAGAACCCGACGUCUUAUCUUCCCGAGUGCUCUCUGGACUCCCGACUGGCCGGACCCUGCAGCGGCUCGGGCGGGUUUCAGCAGAGCCUGUGGAGCCGGGGGCUGCUUGGAAACAAUCAGUACCGCAGCUCGUACAGCGCAGUGCGGAGGAGGACGACCAAGAGGUUGAUGUUCAAGAAGGGCUUCCUCUGCCCGUACUGCGGUAAAUACUUUGAGCGCUCGGGGCACCUGGAGAGGCACAAGAUGAUCCACACUGGGGAGAAACCGUACCGCUGCGAGAUCUGCGGCAGGCGCUUCAAUCAGAAGUGCAGCCUAAAGGAGCACAUGAAGAUCCACAGGAGAUGUGUCCAGCCACACCCAGUUGAGAUCCAAAUGAUUGAACAGAAGCAGAUUCCCGAUGUGACUCCAUGUCCUGAAACUCAUCCGCCCGAGACAGAGAGCCAGAAGAAAGCUGAGGAAGCCCCGCCGCCUAAGAACGAGGACACAACACCUGUACGAGUCAAAUCUGAGCCUGCAGAGGAGACGAUAACUCAACCAGUGUUUGAGGAAGGGAACCAGGAGAUGGUGGAAGGAGUAGACGACCUCAGUGAGACGACAUUUCAAAGAGACGGACAACAGUGGAUGUCCACGCCUCAAGGACAGAACGGCUCAGAGAUCAGUAGGACAGAGUAUCUCAGCGGCUCAGCGCAGAGCUCCUCGUCCUUCCCUGGGAUAUCUCAAAUACUCUCCACGCCUGUUGAAGCGUCUUGUAGCACAUUCUCCUUUCCAGGGAAACCGUACGGGGAGCAUAAAAACAGCCUGCCUCCUCAAACACCGUACGCAUCCUCGGACACGCUCAUGCUGUCAGGUGACGCCGGACUGCACGGCAUGGCGGGAUCCACGCUGAAUAACCACAUGCAGAGAGGAGGCGUGUCUUUUCAGAUGAUCAAACCGAAGAAGUGCUUCCUCUGCUCGUACUGCGGGAAGAUCUUUGAGCGAGCCGGUCACCUGGAAAGACAUUUACGGAUUCACACCGGGGAGAAGCCGUACGGCUGUCAUGUCUGCGGGAGGUGCUUCAACCAGAAGAGCAGCCUGAAGGGCCACAUGAAGACGCACAGAAAUGGGGAGACCACCGACAUGCUGGAGCCACAUCCCCUCAUGUUUACAAUGCCUGAUAAUCAUCUACUAAAGGACCCGGCAGCUUCUGAAGAACACGUACCCGGCUCCACGUUCACAGAGGCAGCUGGUGAGCAGGCAGUGAUGGUAAAGCUGGAGCGGAGCAGGGAGGAUUUUCAGGCUUUAAAUCAGGCCGGGGACGAUAACGGCACAGGAGCACACGACCAAAUUCAGCUGUGGACGUCUGAGAGGACAGAGAGGAGGAGUGAUGCCGAUGAUCAAAACGUGUGUUUACUUGUACCUGAUGUCAAGUAUCACAUCAGUCCUGUUACCGGAGCAACCGGUGAGCAGGGAUACACUUCACCAGAUCAAGACCUGCCUUUCCUAGACCACAAAGAAAAGGAAGACAUGAUGCACAGUGAUCAGUACUCCAUUAUGGGGGGAAGUUCUGAUCACACUCUAGCACCUGAGUUACAAGACCAGCACAUCAUACAAGCCGUGACCGUGAACGAGUACACCGCUGUGAGUGACGGGACUCAAGAGGGAGGGGUGUUUGAAUUUUCAAUGAUCGCCUCGGGCAAUGACGAGGACAACUGCGGAGGAGACGCGACCAGACAAAACUGCUUCAUAUGCUCGGCUUGUGGGCAAAGCUUUGAUAGUUUCAAUUUCUAUCAAAGACAUCAGUGUCAAACCAUCAGCGAGCAAUCCUUCAGCUGUCACAUAUGCGGGAAAUAUUUUAACCAGAUGAGCGUCCUGAAAUUGCACCUUAAGCUGCACGUUCAAUAAGAUCACGUGUCAUGUAUACAGCAAGAAAAAAAAACACUGUAAAAUAUUCUCCACUUCAGCAUUCGGUUCUGAACUGAUCGUCCGAUUGAAUUCUGUCUCAGUGGACAAAUCAAAGUGAGGUCUAUAAAACUACUUGAAAUCUUCCAAAAAAAAAAACCUUCAAAAUCUACAGCAAACAUGUUACACUUCCGCUCCUUUGACCUUCUUUAUAAAAGACGUCUUCUUAAGAUGACUGAACGUUGUUGAGUAUUCUGAGCUACAGCCAAAGCUGUUGCCCUGAACAAUAAUAAUUAUAACUUUAUUUAUAAAGCACCUUUACACAGGGGUUUACAUACAAGCAAAUCUUACAUCAGCACAAAGCAAAAAAAAAAGAAAAAAAGAUCAACAUCAUCAGAACCCGGGCGACAUGAACUGAGACCAGGAGGACCAAAGAUGUAAAGACCUGAGGCCUCUGCUGUGAAGCAGGAUUUAUGGUUAGCGAGUUGAGUUCAGGGUUAACUCCAGAUUUUCAAAACUAUGAAGGUGGUUUUACUUCUCAUCGAGGUAGAUCACCAUGGUAACGAAAACACUUGACCUUAGUUUUUCUGCCAAAUUUUCUUGCAUUUUGCAAAUACAGCCGAGUCUGAAUUUUGUGGUGAACGUCUUUUCUUAAAUGAAAGUUUGCUCGUGGAAUUUUAUGAUCUGCUGAUGACAGAUCCUAUGAUUGGUCAUAUGCUGACACCGCCUCGUUCAAGCAAACAUGCUCACGGAAACCCUUGGUCGGUAACCAGCUUUAAUCAUGUGACUGCUUGGCAACAUUUAUUUUAUUUAAGGUUAGUGAAGCCAGGUGAACGUAAAAAUACUCCGGGUAUGUUGAACUCUCUUCACAGUGUAGGCCUCAGGAGGACCACUUGUUACACUCGACUGAUUAUUAUCUUUUAUUUAAAUUAUCAUAUUCUGUUUAAAAUAGCCAAAUUAACAUUAUGUAACUGCUGACCAUAGCAGUUACUAUGGAUGUAACGAUACACUCACGAUACUGGGUUUACGAAAGCAUUUUAUAACGAUUUAAAAAAUGUUUUUAUAAAGAAAUGAAAUUGAAGUCGAAUACAGUGGAUAUUUUUUCAUUAUGGAAAGUGACACAUGAAAAUUUGAGUCAUGAUGUCACUCAUCUGAAAUCCUUACAACACCUUAGCAUGUAUACACUCUGUGGCUCUUACACUUGUUUGGGUGAACAGGCUUCCCAGAUUAUAUUAAAAACAUACCCCCCCUCCUACACCCCCAGCUUUAAAUCAAAGCCGUGGUUUCAGCCAUAACAAACUCUUCUAUUUUCCACCAUGGUUGUAAGCAUCUUCUCUUCAGCAUGAGGGUAAAAUAUUUCUCAGUCAUAAUUUAAGGCCUUUGUUUAAAAAGAGUUGCAGCGAUAUUUUACAUUGAUGAAACAGACAGAGAGAAGUGUCUUCAUUUUAAGUUGAACCGAAAACAAUCCUCAUACAGUAAAGUACUGUAAACCUCAACUUAAUAUGCCUCUAAAGGUGCACGUGUUUUUAUAACAGUAGCUAAUUAGUCUGUUGUUUUUUAUAUUGUCCGAAGGCAAAUGUAAAGCAAAUACUGUGAUUCUUUUAAAUCAAGGUUUUCAGUAAUCUACUAGAUGUCCAAAUAACCAAAUAUGACAAUGAAACAUGAUAAUGUUAUAAUCUCAGAUAGGGGAGUUCAAAGUCAUGAAAUUAAAAAAUUAAAUGUCCCGGGUUUUAAUCCAGCACUCCUGUGUAAAUGUUUAUCAAUCUGCCAUUACCUGCCAAAUAUAUUUUAAUAAAGCAUUAUCUGAGUAUUUUUACAUUAAAAUAACUGUAUUUUCUCUUCCUUUAAAACGUCUGAUGACUCAUCCUGCACUUAGAGUCAUUUAUUUAUUUUUCGACCAAUUAAAAAGCUUUGUUGAAGCUAACAAUCCAAUCAAAUUAAUCCCAACGUUAUGUCCCGCAUUCUAUCUUGUAAUUGGUUUCCAAUUGGAAAUGCGUCACACCAUGGUAGUAAGAAACUCUCACAUUUUGGUGAUUUGUGCAUAAAAAAAGUGCAUUAUGUCAACUUUACUCUUUGUGGAAGCUUUUACUUUAGACUGAUUUUUGGGGGUUGUUUUAAUGGUCUGUGAUUUUGUCUAUCAGAUAGAACGUUUGACACGGCCAGCCUUAAGCACUGCACAAGGAUGUUGUAGAAAAGCCAUUAAAUUGAUUAAGAAAAUAUCUUUGAAGCGUUCUGAAUAUUUGCUGCUAUUUGAAGUUGUUUUGUAGGAGGUGGCUGGACUUUUAAGAGGCCAUUAAAAUAGUUUGACGAAACUAACACUCCAGCUUAGCACAGAAGGAGCACCUGACGCAGCUGACAGUGUGACCCUCUAAGUACAGAGUGAUUACUGCCCACAUUUUUCACAUGGGAACAGAAUUUUGAACCUGUGGAUUCAGAGGUUCAAUGCUUUAUUGCUAUGUAUAAUAAUGUUUCCCCUUUUAUUUAAUGUGUUCCAGUUUGCUGUAAUUCAGUAGUUUGCAACACAAGCUCACUGAUUAACAAUUGUCAAUCUUAUAUCCAAUCGUAGCAUGAUUCACGGGUAUAAAGUUACACAUUUUACAAGUUAAGUUAUGUUAAAAAAGAAUCAACAUAAAGAAAAAGAUGUAAUUAUCUUUGUUUAGCUUUUUUAUUUUUAAAUAAAUUCAA